AUGCCACGAGAUCCUUUGAUUGCCCUCGUUGGCAAGCCUUCGUCAGGCAAGAGCACAACGCUCAACAGAGCCAUUGGCUACCUCCAGAUCGAAUGCGCCUGCGCCCGCGUAGGUGUCUCAGACCGAUGUAAACCUAACUACGGCUCCUGCAUCGAUGGCCGCCGCUCAGUCCCCAUCGAACUCCUCGACGUCGCCGGUCUCGUCCCAGGCGCACACAUGGGCAAAGGCCUCGGCAACCGCUUUCUGGACGACCUGCGCCACGCCGACGCCCUCGUCCACGUCGUCGACGUCUCGGGCACCACCGAUGCCGAAGGGAAAGCCACCCGCGGCUACGACCCCUCGCAAGACAUUGUAUGGCUGCGCAGCGAAAUCGUGCGCUGGAUCCAAGGCAACCUAAUGGAGAAAUGGGGAAGUAUUAAACGGCGUCAUGUAGCCGUCAAAGCAACCGCUGUGGAAACCCUGCAAAACCAAUUCUCAGGAUAUGGAUCUACGACGGCUGUCGUCGCGCGCUGUCUGGACAAACUCGCCCUCAAAGAACCCCUGCAAGACUGGAGUAACGAAACAAUCGAACGCGUCGUCAAUGCCUUCACAGAUGAGAAAUUCCCCACCGUCAUCGCCCUCAACAAAAUAGACCACCCCGACGCCGACAAGAACAUUGCCAAAAUCGCAAAGCAGCAAGACCCAAACUCCAUCGUCCUGUGCUCCGCCAUCUCAGAAGUGUUCCUCAGGAAACUCGCAAAGCAGGGCUUCGUCAAAUACACAGAAGGCAGCGACUUCGUCGACACCAAAGCCGACUUGAUAGAUGCCGGCGACCCUACCGGCGGCGAUCUAAAGGACCUCGACGACAAACUCUCCACCCGCAUCGAGAACCUCAAGGAUAUGGUGCUCUACCGCUUCGGCAGCACGGGUGUCGUGCAGGUCCUGUCGCGCGCCGCGGAUCUACUUGGGCUUGUGCCUGUCUUUCCCCGCGAGUUCGACGGCGGCGUUUCGGGAUUGCGUGCUCGUGGGCAGGGGCAGUACGGUGGGCGAUGUUUAUCGCAAAGUUAUGGGGGAUGCGCCGAUGGCGUAUGUGGAGACGGAGGGGGGGCGGAGGGUAGCGGAGGAUGA